AUGUCACACGCCUCCCCACCCAGCGCUCAGGGGCAAUCGCCAGAUGCAAUCCAAGAUCGAUAUGCUCCCGAUCCUUACCUAUCAGCCGCAUCCGACCCGGAGGAAGUCUUCUUUCGGGCCAGUGCUAUUCGACUAACGCCAUCGCGGGGAAGUCCUGGGCACAGUGCGGGACCUGGCUCGUCCCCUCAUGAAGACGCUCGGCUCGACUCCACAAUCCAGGGCUAUUUGGACCCGAGAGCAAAUGAUUAUACGGACCCAAGCACUUGUACCUCACCUAUUUCUGAUACGAGUGUCUUUGUGGAACCAAAAGAUAUCGAACUGGGUAGUGGCUCAACCUGGCAGGAUGAUGACCUGCCAUCGUACAGGAUUGGGGAGGCCCCUGUGCCCGUCGACCCGGAGUGGGGUUCGUCCAUGGCACCGAACGCCUUUCAGUGGACGAGCUCGAACCACGAUCCAAAGUUGAAUCCACCAUCCACGCUGACAGGUCUAGAAAUUCCUGGCAAUUCUAGCAUACAGCCGUCACUCCCCAGCUCGUACCAGUCUGGUCUCGGUGUCCUUAAUGCAUGCACCGAGCCAGCUAGGCUUGGCGUCCUGCCCAACGAUGAGUUGACUACUGAGCUGGCGCCGAACGCAACCAGAGGAAGAAGCCCCGUCUUCAAGAUUACAACCUUCUCUCGAGGCGAUUCGCCCAAGGAACGCAGCAUGUCAUCGCAAAGGCGUCUCAGCUCUUUCACACAUCUAUCUGCUAAUCCAAACGAGUUGGAAGACAGAGAUGAUGACGAUCAUCACUCGGUAUUAUCAGCUCCCGUGAAGCGAUCCGAGAAUGGCGGAUGGAUCCCAAACUCAUCGACUCAUCUAGGUGGCAUUGACCCAAGCUCCCGUGGGGACGAACUCGUGCCAAGUCCUAAUGACAUCUAUGUUCAGCGUGAAAGGGACGAGAAGAAUGAGGACAUUUCCCACUGGUCUGUCUCUGUGAGCGCAGCCAACAGUGACGCCGGGGACUCACCUAGUCCACCGCGUUCACGUCCACACCAUGUUUCCCGGAGACUUCGAGCGAGGAGUACCGGGGAUCACCCUUUGGAGCAAGAAGACUAUUUUACUAUCAAAUCUCGCACCGGAGACGGGUCAUUCCCUGGACCUGGGGUAUUAGUUCAUGAGAGCAGCGAGGAACUCAGUGAAGAUGAAGCAAGCAUUGGCACGUACUCCGACGAGCCCUCAGCCAAUGUAGAUGAGCCUGGCAGAUAUGAUCGGAGUACCCCCGAGGUAUAUUCAUCUCUCUCGCCGACCAAGGCCGAGGAAAGUAUCCGUCUCUACCCCUGGCAUGACCCCCCUCACGAUCCGACCCCCAGAUCACAAGCGAUGCAGCCGGACAGCUCUACCGACGCCAUGAUAGCUUUUAACAAACGUGUACGGGAUCUCGAAACGGCGUCGCUCGCGGCAACAAUUGAUAAUAAUAGCAUUAUCAAUGUUGCCACAUCUCUCGAGAAUUUUUCCUUUUCCGAACAACCCAAGAAGCGUACUAGUUUGUUUAAGCAUCGAUUACUGCAUGCAUCAUCGAUUCUGAAGCGUCAAGCAUCUGACCUUUCCAUCGGUCAAUCUUAUAGCUACCCAGGGCUUCCGCGACGUGAUACAGAGGACUCACCAGCAAAACCGAGUAACUCACCACGACCUGGGUUCUUACACCGUCGCCAUUCACGGUCGCCAAGCUUGAGCAACGCAAUUCUUUCAAUGACUAACCAAAUGGUUGCUGUCGGGGGUAGUCAGCCGGUCCGAGCAGUAUCACCUGCACCCUCGCCGAAUCCGGAGAGAAGUUCCUUGAACAUUCAAUUCAAGGGCCGAGUUCGAAGCAGAAGCGAGAUCCCCCGACCAAGUAGCCCCGGACUAAUAAAUCUCAUGACGGCUCAUGGUGGUCCACCAGUUCCAAACAUCACAUCACCUCGAGUCAGUUCGGACACCGACCAAACACCCAGAAGUACACCUCUGGGACCUGAAACCGGGGGCCCUGAAGACGAGAACGAUGGUGACUCCGCUAAUAACAAAGGCAUCGUGAUGGACUUCCCUGCUAUUCAGAGUCUGCCCGUGCCAACAAUCGAAGGGUUUAGAUCGCAGAUCAUGCAAUUGAAUCCAAGGCUGGAGCCAGCUCUGAUUCAUCGCCUGGCACAUGAGCAGGACCGUCGAUACAAGAUCUUGGUUGGUUUGCAGCAAAAGCAUUCGGUUGCAACUGGCAACCACACAUGUAAAUCUGGCGACUAUUGUACUGUCCAGGGUGGGAAACCCACUCUGUUGCAGGACCACAAGGGCCCCAACGAUCUCGAGGCCGGACAGAUCCAGUUCCAAGUGACAAGCUUCAGUCACGGAAACGAGCAACAGUAUUCACCAGGCGAAGAUACGGGUCCCGCCGCCCAGUUCCCUCCUGGUGUGCCGCUUCCGCCAGUCAAUCGUCUUCCUGCCCGGUUUGAGUGCCCCAUUUGUUUCGAAGUAAAAACCUUCCAAAAACCUUCCGACUGGUCCAAACAUGUCCAGGAAGAUGUGCAGCCAUUUACUUGCACAUUCCCUCACUGCACCGAGCCUAAGUCGUUUAAGCGUAAAGCAGACUGGGUUCGCCAUGAGAACGAGAAGCACCGGCACCUAGAGUGGUGGACCUGUGCAUUCCCCGAGUGCACCCACAAAUGCUACCGAAAGGACAAUUUCGUUCAGCAUUUGGUUCGAGAGCACAAAAUGCCGGAGCCUAAGAUCAAAAAGACGGGCAAGGCCUCGGGCGCUGUGGAGGCUGAGACAGUGUCGAAUAGCCGAAGAGCGCAGGAGCUUGAGCGAUUAUGGCAAAUGGUCGAGGAAUGUCGGCAUGACACCACCCAAUCGCCCCAGGAGGAGCCAUGCCGCUUCUGCGGGAAUGUCUGUAACGAGUGGAGAAAGUUGUCAGUCCACCUUGGCAAACAUCUGGAGCAACUAGCCCUGCCUGUUUUACGAUUAGCGAAGCCGAGCGGCGCCACAGCCCAUGUUUCCAACCCCAGCCUAGUGGAGCCAACUCGCGGAUCAUCGGCAACGUAUCCCUCUCUCGCGUUAUAUCACCAUGGACGCGAAGUACCCGAAACAGCCUCCACCCAUCUACAACCGCAAUAUGCGAUCCGAAACACUAGCACGCCCGCCAACCCUGCGCUCUCCAUCAACAACGUUCCGCUCACAAAUUACUCCACCAUCUCUGACGGUGAAUUUUCACAAGAGCCCGAAUCCAUCACGGAAUCUCUUACCCCUGAUCCCUUCCCGGCGUACACGCACGCGGCGGGCCAAUUUGGUCAAACGACACUCCACCCAGCUCAGACCCAGGCCUAUCCCCUGCAUCAGAACUCGGUGACGUACCCACCACCAUAUAAUGCCGUCCCGAGAUCGAGAUCCUCCGAGGCAGAUCCCAUGCUGCAGAACUCUUAUCCUCUCACGCAGUGUCUCCCACAUCCCUCUCUGUACCCUGUAGAUGGGAAUUACCCAGCUUACCAACCCAUGCAAUCCAAUAUCCCCUACACUUCUGCGACUUACUCUUCUGGAUGUUCCUCCCAAAUGUGA